UGCCCAACGCCAGGGUGAGGGGCAACGGGCACAGACUGAAACACAGGAGGCUCCAUGUGAACAUGAGCAGAAACUUGUUUGCUGGGAGGUGCCAGAGCCUGGCCCAGGCUGCCCAGAGCGGGUGUGGAGUCUCCUGCUCUGAGACAUUCAAACCCCCUGGACCCACCUGUGUGAUCUGCUCUGUGACCCUGCGUGAGCAGCUGGGUUGGACUGGGGGAUCUCCAGAGGUCCCGUCAACCCCAACCAGCUUGGGAUUCUGCAAUUCUAAAGGCCAGGUCCCUUUCCCUCGUACAGCCACGUACAACAAAAGGUCAGCCCUUUCUCUUGCGUCUACGAACACUGCAGUUCAUUAUGCAUAACUCACCCGUAAUUCACUGAAGGAUACUUAGGAUUCACUAAAGGAUUCUGUGCAAUUCACUAAAGGAUAUUAAUUUGGCCUUAGAACCCAGAUCUAGAAGCUGAGCCCUGACUUAUUAGACAAAUUAGGAAUAACACACAAAUUUUAAAAGAGAAUGACUGGCUGUGGCAACAAACUGCAGGGAAUGGUAAGUUCUGUGUUGCUCGAUGUUUUUGAAGCCAUCUGGAAACUCUUGUUAUUGUCAGAUGUGAGUUUUUUGGUUCACGGGGCUAGAAAGGCAAAACUUCUGGGUUUCUAGGUCUGGGAUAAACUGGAGAUUAAACUAGAUAAUCUAAAGUAUGUUUUGGUAUUAAGCAUCAAAGAGUCAAGUAAGAAUUUGGAGCAGAGGUAGGUCUGGUUGGAGGUUCUCGUUCAUUAGAUUUCUCCAGUUUGACAAUGUACUUGAGCCACAUGAAACUUGGCAUCAACAGAAGAAUAACCCAGGAAAUGGUGACAUUAGACAUACAGGUAAGAAGUGACAAAAGAGGGUUGAUCUCCAAGAAAGGGCAAGCUGGCUUAUCUGGUGAAAAGCAUCUCAAGACCAGAUGUUUAAGAAGAGAUUUUCUAUUUGAAAACCAGCGCUGAUUCGGGGGGUUUCAGGCUGUGCGGGAGCCUGUGAUGUGAGUCAGUAAGUCAGUGUGACACUUUCUUCUCACAAAGCUCGGAGAAAAGGAUCUGCCAGCCCCAUUGCAGAGGCCAAACCUAGAACACGGCGUCUCCUUUCCAAAUGCUCCUUGACAAGCUCGGAACGUCUCCGUCUGAAAUGCGACUUCCAAAUUUGAGUCGUUACCAUUCCAGUCAGUUGCUUGUCUACUGCUGCCUUGGCUGCUGUGCCCUCCUUUUAGUAGAAUAAUCUAGGUACUUGUCUUUUAAAAUUUAAAAUGCCUGGUACGUUUUCGGUAAUCAAUUGUCCCAAGGACAGCACAUUCCUGUUGGACUGAAGCACUUAUAUGGCUGUAGUCCGUCUGUCUUCUCAUAUAGUCAUUUUCUUGGAUGGGAAUCAUCCCCUUGCAUUGUCCUCCUGCUUCCUUCUCCCACAUAUUGAAACAAUGCAAGGGGCUCUAUUUGCCUGAUAACGCCACAGACAGGAGCUUCACCUAAUUUCUGUAUUUUCCAGGCUGCAGAUGCCGUUUUUGUGGGUUCAUACAUCCUGGCCUUGUGGCAUCACAUCUGUAUGGCUGCUCUCUGGCUAUAGCUCCAUCAGCAAACCCGUUCUCGGUGCUGUUCUUCAGCCCCAGGGCCCCCUGGCCACAUCCCUUACCAACAGCUUUAGCCUCGAGGCUGAGGGGCUGCAUCCAAACAGAGCGGUCGUGGCUUCUACUCUGUGUGAAAUCUUGGAAAAAGCCUUGGAUUCGGUCAGGUGUGCACUGGGUCACCAGACCUGGUAGAGCUGUUUAAUGACACUGCAGAUGACUGUGUGUAGAUGCUACGGUGCCUCCUCUUGGGCACUGUUUUAUUUACCAAUGUUGAUGUGGCCGUACCUCUCUCCUCCCAAGUGACAAGCAAUAGGACAGGCAGAAAUGGCCUCAAGUUGCGCCAGGGAAGGUUCAGAUUGCAUAUUAGGAACAAAUUCUUCAUGGAAAGGAUUGGGAAGGAUUGGAACAGGCUGCCCAGGGCAGUGGUGGAGUCACCAUCCCUGAAGGGGUUUAAAAGGCAGAUAUACAAGGUUCUUAGGGACAUGUUUUAGUGCUAGAGUUAGGUUGUGGUUGGACUUGAUGUUCUUGAGGGUCUCUUCCAACUAAAAUGAUUCUGUGAUUCAAGGAUAGACCUGUUCCCAUUGCCUAGUGAGGUCCGUGUUGGGACGUGUCACUCAGCUGAAGAAAUUCCUUUGCUAAACUCCCAAAACCUACAGCCUUGAUUUACUUUACUGUGUAGCUGAAAAAUAAAGGCUAAAAUACAACAAUUCAAAAAGUUGUGUCACUCUGUGGCGCAUGUAGGGACUUUGCUGUGCCAGGGCAGAAAUGGAAAUGAGGAAUGAUCUUCAACAUUUGCGGAGAGCAAUAAGCAGUCCUGUCCCUGGAAGGGCUGGCGCAAUCCCGGCAGCCACCGUCCGUCUUUGGAUGCUCAUAAAGUCCUUGAAAUUCUUACUUGGCUUUCCCGAGGCUGCUCUUUGUCUCUUCUCGCUUGUAGGCGUUGUAUAUGAGCUCUGUCAUGUCUCCUGGAGUUUGAGUGAUCUCUUCACCCUGCUCUCCUGCAGAAAUUGUAAUAAAACCUUGACUCAUAAGAGGAUUCGCAAGAAGGAUGGAAAACGCCUUGAUCUCUUUGCCAAGUUCUGCCUGCCCUCCAUCUGCCAUCCCUUCUUCUCAAGAUCUUGACUUCUGAAGGAGCCUGCUGGAAACCAUGUCUCACUACACAGACGAACCAAGAUUUACCAUCGAGCAGAUAGACCUGCUUCAGCGCCUGAGACGGACGGGAAUGACCAGACAUGAGAUCCUCCACGCGCUGGAAACCUUGGAUCGUCUUGAUCAAGAGCAUAGUGACAAAUUUGGAAGAAGGUCCAGCUACGGAGGUGGUUCCUACAGCAACAGCACCAACAACGUCCCAGCGUCGUCUUCUACAGCCACAGCCUCAACACAGACCCAGCAUUCUGGGAUGUCCCCGUCGCCGAGCAACAGUUACGACACCUCCCCACAGCCUUGCACUACUAAUCAGAACGGGAGGGAGAGUAACGAGCGGUUGUCUGCGUUCAACGGGAAGAUGUCACCCACCCGCUACCCGCUUGCCAACAGCUUGGCUCAAAGGUCGUACAGUUUUGAAGCUUCUGAAGAGGACUUGGACAUUGACGACAAAGUGGAGGAACUGAUGAGGAGGGACAGCAGCGUGAUCAAGGAGGAAAUCAAAGCCUUCCUGGCCAAUCGGAGAAUUUCCCAAGCAGUCGUUGCACAGGUAACAGGUAUCAGCCAGAGCCGGAUCUCCCAUUGGCUGCUGCAGCAGGGGUCGGACCUGAGCGAACAAAAGAAAAGGGCAUUUUACAGAUGGUACCAGCUCGAGAAGACAAAUCCCGGGGCUACGUUAAGCAUGAGACCCGCUCCUAUCCCAAUAGAAGAGCCAGAAUGGAGACAGACGCCUCCCCCAGUCACAGCUACCUCUGGGACCUUCAGACUACGGCGAGGCAGUCGGUUCACGUGGCGGAAGGAGUGCCUGGCUGUGAUGGAAAGUUACUUCAAUGAGAAUCAAUAUCCAGACGAGGCAAAGAGGGAAGAAAUUGCCAACGCCUGUAACGCGGUUAUACAAAAACCAGGAAAAAAGUUAUCGGAUUUGGAGCGUGUUACCUCCCUGAAGGUGUACAAUUGGUUUGCCAACAGAAGAAAGGAAAUCAAGAGGCGAGCCAAUAUCGAAGCAGCAAUCCUGGAGAGCCAUGGAAUAGAUGUACAGAGUCCGGGAGGUCAUUCCAACAGUGACGACGUGGAUGGCAAUGACUACUCGGAGCAGGACACUUGGCAAGUACGCAAUGGGGAGGAGGAGGGAAGAUGUUCAGAGGGAGGCAGAGAAGCAGAGAAGGUAGAAGAAGACAGGAGGAUCUGCUCCAAACAAGCAAGUUACACCAUUCACACCACACGCAAUGAUGACAGCACUAGCCAUAGUGACCACCAAGACCCCAUUUCGCUAGCCGUGGAAAUGGCAGCGGUAAACCACACCAUCCUGGCACUGGCCCGGCAAGGAGCCAACGAGAUCAAGACAGAGGCUCUAGACGACGACUGAUACAAAGAAAGGGGAGGGUCGAAGCGAGAAGUAACUUAGUUUUAGACGUAGCACCUUAGCAGACUUUCCUCGGUCCUUAAUAUGUGUUCUUACAGUAUAACUUUGCAGUUUCUUGUACGUCAGUUAGCUGUUAGGGUCUUGUUCUGUGAAGAUGGCAUGGUGCCCUCAGCCUUUGCAUAUACUCUCUCAGUAUUAAUUCCCAAUCAAUAAUCAAUCAACCAACCAACCAACCUCCCUCUCCCAGCCCCAGUGGCUAGAAAAAUCUUGCUGCUCUGUCUUAGCAUUCAAAGUGCUUCCAGGUAUUUUAGACAGUCCUUAAUUACAAGUCUUAGGCUAUACUUAAAAUCUUGGAUACCCUUAGAGAUUGUGUUUAAAAGAAAAACAAGAUUAGUCUGUACGCUUUUCCUUCUCUGAGACUGAAAGGAUGCAAGCUGAGGUAGUGGCACAGGGUCGAUGGACACCAGGUCAGGAGUACCAACAGAGAGUAAAAAGAACACUAGAAACCCCACUUCAGCAUGGGAAUAAGUGAUUUCCAGCUGCAAUAAGCUGUGCCUCACUGCUCGUACAGUGACUUGAUCUACCUUUGGGUGCUGUGCUGGGAAUGCCCAUUGGAAACACGCUCACAUAGUUGGUCACAUAUUCACCACAGACAUCCUCUGCGUGGCUUAGUGGAUAAGUAACCGCCUUCUGCCUCUGGGACCGGGAUUGAAACCCAGCCUGGGAUCGUGUGACAAAUGAGCCGAAUGUCUAAUGGACAACAGUCCGCUUCUCAGAGCCGGUGCUGGUGAUCCGGCACGGCUGGCAGAGCCUGCUCAGAAGAGGUCUAGACUCUUAGCCAUCUGUCAUUCACAAUGUCACCUUUUCAGUUCUUCCUCUUGCCUUUUCCGUCCCCGCCCUGCUCCCCCCUCCACUUUGCCACUUUUCCAAGCGGUGUUUUCCAGGAGGGUUGUUGAGGUCGCGGAACGGGUGAGUGGAUUUUUACACGUCUGUGUAACUAACGCUUACGUCCUGACUAGCCUGAACCGUUCUCGGAGAACUUUUGCGUCUGACCUGUGCUAGAUCACCAUCAUAGCAUAAAUACUCCCCUAUAUAUGGACUUUUUUCUUUGUUCAAAGGCAGGAGGAUCUCUUACCUGAGAAACGGGAUGUGAAUGGUUUGUGUUCUCUUUACUCUGUCCUCGUUAAGAUGUGAGAAAGCUAUACUGCUACGAGCAAUUUAAUUAAUAAUUGGAAGCCAUACUGAUAAUGGAUGUGGUAAUAUUUGUAAAGCGAACCUACUUUAAGUAGCAGAAACUAAUGGAAUUGUUUUCCUUGAUCAUAUGUAGCACUUUUGUUACUUUUUUCGUAAAGAUAUUUAUAUUUGAUAAGUCUUUUUUUUAUCAUUUGAGAAUUCAAAAUACCAAACAGCGAAGUUGCAUUACAGAGUCACCCUGCGAUCACCUUGUCAUCUCGUAUCUAAAUGAUGAACUGUGUGUGCAUCUAAGAAAAUUACAUCUGCUGGCAUUGUGUGGAAAUGAUCUCCUGGCAUCCUGAUAAAAUGAUAUGUUGCUGCCGGUAAGAGGAAACAUUUCGAUGGAAGCAGCAUGGGAAGCGAUAGAGACGGGCAGGACUGUGCUCCGUUCAAAAAUAAACAUUAAAAACCUAUGUAAAUCUUUUCAUAUAUAGCUACAUGAAAAUUUGCAUAGUGUUGCCACAACAUUCCAUUUUGAUCUUCCUAGUUUAUAGCUCCAAAAGAGGAAAACGGCUUAGUGUGACGGGCGGGUUUCCUUUCCUCCCCUCCACUUUUAAGGUGGAGGGAACGAAGCAAAGUUACUUGUCUUGUUCUCGUCCCUUCCUCACGCUUCGCUGUCACCUAGCGUUGUGAACUCCCAAAAUGUGGCUCCUCAGCAGGUUGCUAGCCAGCCUAAACCCCUUCGGGGCGCAGGCUUAACCAGAUCAUCUUCACCUCUGCUCAUCUUGUGCAAAUUGCUUAGGUGAGUGCAGAGAUUUUGCGCUUUCGGAGGGCACCAAGUUGGCAUCUCUGUAACUUUGAAAACAGAGAGGUAAGGCUUGGCCUCCUCUUUCAUUUAUGGAUUUCAUUGGGAGAUUUAUGUGCUUUCCUCGGAUAUACAUCACCAAAGCAGAAUGAAGCCGUCUUGUUUCAGUUUUAUUGCGUUGCUGGAGUAGGCAAAUUCACAAGUAGCAUCAGGGCAGACUCAGGAAAGAAAGGAAUUGGAUCAGCCACCAUUGCAGAUUUUGUCUUCAUGUGUGUAUGAAUGUUUUGGUACUAAGGACCGAAAGGACGGGGAGAGCUUUUAUUUCUAUUUUUGCACAGCAGAAUGAUCGAGCAAACUAUAGCCUUAGUGGAGUUUUACCUACUUAUUCAUUCCGCAGUCACACACCAAGCUGACAAGCAACAUCCACGAUUUAUAGUAAGGAGAUUUUAAUAAUCGAUGGCCUCUUUGCGUUGGGAUUGCCACCACCAUUUGUUCUGGCUGUUUCAUUUUAAAAAGAACAGACUCAAACGGUUGGACAGCUGCAAUUUUAGAAGAAAUAUUGCUUACUAUACCGUCUUUAAAAAAGUCAUUGUUUCGAGCAUCGCCUUUAUAAAGCAAUAUGGAAGAAUACAAAUAGUACUGGAACUUCUGUAUCCUGAUUAUAGGUUCAUGCGAUGCAGGAUCAAAGUAACACCAUUAAAAUUGUGUGUCUGUACCAUCUAAUGUAGAGUAAUCUGAUCUUCAUUCAGGUAGCUGCCGGUCUCAUCCUGCAUCAGUAUCCCAGCUGAAGGUUAAACAGUUCAAACCCCUCGCAAACAACUGGAGAUGGGCAGAUCCUCCUUGUCUGUAGCUUCCUGGUAAAUACCAGUUUUCUGCUUUCCCACAUCAUCAUCUCACCAGAGAAAAUAACAAAUAACUGGGGAAUCAGACGCUUAGUUCCGUGGUGCCAGUUUUUGGGUUGCCCCUGUCUAUUUUCUUUGACCGUCGAGAGGUACGAGGAAGAGAGUUAAGAGUUCAGCUGUUAGGAUGCUCACGCAGUCUUAUUUCCUUUAUUCUCAAAGUUCAUCAUGAACAGUUUGCAGUUGGCUAAUACUUUUUGGUUUGAAUUAACUAAAAAGGAGCAGAGGCUGGUGUGGUGAUAUCAGGAGAAGUGUAUGUGAUCUGGAGUAAGUGCAAGAAUUGGUGGAGAGCGUGUUGUGGACUUUAGGCUUUGUUCUAGGGGCUUUUUCUGCAAUAUUGAAGUCGCCUUUGUCUUUCUGCCUCUGGAUUUUCUUGAAGAUUAAGCCUCAUUUUUGUAGCGUUGCAGUUCACUUUGCAAUUUGUCGUAGCCAGUUUGGAAUUACCGCAGUUUGUUCUCAUGUGGGUUCCCUUGAAGUGGGUCUGGUGGCUGACUAGAUCCACCUUUUUGUUCUGUGAACAGAGAAGAAAUUAUUUAAGGUGCUCCUCUUCUGUGACGGGCACAGAUUGCUUUUAACUUUGUAGAGUUCUGGCUGUUAUUUUGUCGCUCAUGAAAUCCUUAUACUUGAGUUGUCGUCUCUUACCGUCUUCUUAAAACAACAAUUUCUACCUCCACUUAUGUUUUGGGGUUUGUUUUUGGAUUCAAUCUUUUCUUUCUCAUUCCCCCACCUGUUUCCUGAAGUAUGAGAUCCCAGACGUUUGCAGAAGCGUUAGGAACUGAUGGAAAUAAGUCAAUGUAGCAAUGAGCAGACGUGAUAUCUGUUGAUGCCCUACUCUUGCGGCAACAUCUUCUUGAUACUCUAUAAUACUCUAAAAACAUCCUUAUUGUUACAGUCCAAUCCCGUUGUUGGAUGCGAACAGGUUGGUCAGCAGCGCGCCCUUGCAGCAAUUAAAGAAGAGCCUUCAGCACAUCAAGGAGAGCAAUUAGUCCCCUCUGUUGAUCACUUUUGGGACCGCGUCUGGGGUACAGUGUGAAGCGUUGGGUCCUGGGGGCCGCUGGGACCAGAGGGUUGGAGCACACGUGGCGUCGCGAGAGUUUGCGAGAGCUGGGAUAGUUCCGACUGGCGCUGGAGGCAGCUUCUGUUCUGAUUUUCAUCUCUCUUAAUGCGCGGAUUUAGAGAAUAUGGAGCUGGGCUCUUCUCGGAGGUGCGUAGCAACAUGGUGGGGGGCAGCGGGCUCAAGUUGCAUUAAAGAAAAUCACAGAUGAACAUAAAGAGAAAGAUUUUCAUACUCAGUGGUAGGACAGCGAGCAGGAAGGCAGUGGCAACCCCAUCCCUGGGGAUACGCUGAACUCAACUGGACGAGGUGGGAGGUUGGAUUGGAGACCUCCAGAGGUCUCUUCUGACAUAAAUUAUUCUGUACAAACCUGCUCAGGUCGAGAUGUUGGUUGUGGUCUAUACAUGUUGACUUGUUUAAAGAAAUUGUCUUUUGGGUUGGUUUUUUCCUAUUCAUAAACAAUUAUCUUUCCUAUUCUCUUAGCAGAGGGGAGCUUUAUUUGCAGGGUCUGGCUCCAGGCUCCAAUCAAGCCAUAAGUAAUAAAUUCCAUUAGUUAUUUGUUCUGUUUACACAGUUCUUUCAGGGAUAUUGGAAUUACUCUGUUUCCUUGCCUGACACCACACUGGUAAGUUUUCUGUGUUUCGUAACGUUUGCGCUGUUAGAACAGUUUUCGCCUUCAUUUGUGAGGAUUUAUUGUCUUGCUGCUUUGCGUGCAGGCGUAAAAUUUCAUGUAGGUGAGUGUAUUAGAGGAAAAAUAGUAGUGACUACUAUGAUAAACUGGAAAUGUGUGGUUCAGUACAGCAUUAAUUGGUGAUUCUCAGAACCUGCAAGGGUAUGACUGGGAAAAAAGUCGCGUUAUACUUGCUUGGAUCCUCCUUUGCUUUCCUAAAGUGUUUUCCUGUGGCCAGUGCUAGGAAAAAACAAUACAAUACUUUCCGUUAGGUCUGAUUUGGAUGUUAUUUUGAAGAGAAAUCGCAAUGGUAUUUGUCAAAACGGACUGGAUGGGGUCAGGUAACGCUCCUCCGUAUUCAUUUCUGCCUUUAAGAGCAUGGAGGUGAUUUCACCAACAUUUUGAGUUCCCCUGUGUGGUAUAAACAUUUUCCUUCCCAAUGAGAUGCUGCUCGCAAAGAAGUAAAAUAGAAGCAGCAGAGCAGCUGAGUCACCAAGACGUGUGCUGGUUGUAACUGCUUUUCAUUCAGCAUUUCGGUUUUCGUAUAGAUAAAACCAGCAGAAUUAGUAGAAGGGUUUUCCAAACUCAAAACCGCUGCCCCUAAAGCACUUAGUGCAGGAUGUGUGGAAUUUUAACUGGGAUGCAAAGCUGCAUUCACACCUCUCUGAAUGACUAGGAUUCAGUGCAGGAUUUUGCCCAUAGUACUGAGAGCUGUGGGUGUUUAUUACAAGAUAUUUUCCCCUGUUUAUCCCUGGAAUUCUGCUUAUUUUAGAUAAUUUUCUUACCAGGAGGUUGAUGUUCCUCCUCCCACCCCAGCUCCAUCACUGCGCUGCCUCAUUCCCCAGUGUCCGUCAGCCACUUUCAACCUCAUUGGAAUAAUUACCAGCAAAUUCUAGGGGUAUUUUUGUCAAAAUAAACUUGGCUUUUAUUUUAGACAAGGCUUCCCACCCAAGUAGCUCUUGCACUCUUUGAAGUCAUUUAACUUGAUAAUAUUCUUUUGAUCAAAGUCUUAAGCUUGUAGGCAAUAAUCUUGAGUUUGGUGUAGCUUUUAUCGCUUGGCAGGAAUCUUUGUUGGUCUUGAAAACUGUGUUCUGUAUCUGUGACCUGAUAUGUUCGUUUUGAUUAGACAGCCGAAGAUUGUGUGCGUGUCUGUUAGUAGCCAUAGUCGGGGUUGUAUGGAGAUCCCGGCUAAUUUAAUGGAGUUUUGUGGAUUCGGGUGUUUUCACUGUGAUUUCUUGGAAGGGAAGGUUGAUGGCCCGACCAAAAGAACAUUGCAGAUCCCAAGAAGAGUUGCAGGGACAUUUCAAAAGAAAACAUUCCCCUUUGGGCUUUUUUUUGCAGCUGGGAUGUUUACUCAGGAUAUUGAAUCAAUUGUUGGCCAACAGGCAUUUGGCAAGCUGAAAAGCCCUAAAACCUUCAUUUUAGCCUCUCUUACUGUUGUCUAAUUUAUGGGGUUUAAGCUGUCCGACUAAAGAUGUUGCACGUUAAUGAAAAAUGAGGCAUUCUGGAGGUGGCAGCUAUAAAUGAGAGUAUACGAUACAGAAAAAUUAUUAUUCUCCUUUGUGAGAAAUGUGUUAGAACUAGAAAAGCGGACCCGGUCAGUUUUGAGGGCUGUCAGUAAAGCGGCAGCAUCUUGAUGUUGGUAUUUACUCACCAAAUAUAAACGAAACCAAACAAAUGGAAGUGAUCUCGGCAGCACCAGGGAAACAGAGAUGUGGGGAGAAAAAUUCAAGCAUCGCUAACCUUGGACUUGGGUUUUGUCACUUAAAAAUAACCUAGAGUUUUUUGCUCAUGCUUGUUUUCACAUCCAUGAUCACAGAAUCAUAGAAUGUCAUGAGCUUGAAGGACCCACCAGGAUCAUUGAUUCCAACUCCUGUCCCUGCACAGGACACCCCACAGGUCACCCCGUGUGUCUGAGGACGUUGUCCAGUCUCUUCUUGAACACUGUCAGGUUGGGGCCGUGACACCUCCCUGAGGAGCCUGUUCAGUGUCCAGCACCUCUGGGGGAAGAACCUUUUCCUCAUGUCCAACUGACCCUCCCUGGCACAUCUUCUGCCAUUCCCUUGGGUUCUGUCGUUGAUCACCAGAGAGAAGAGCUCAGCCCUGUCUCCUCUUCUCCAGGCUGAACAAACCCAAGAAAGCCAAUGGUACCUGGGGUGGGUUAGAAGGGGGUGGUCAGUAGGUCAGAGAGGUUCUCCUGCCCCUCUGCUCUGCCCUGGGGAGACCACACCUGGAAUAUUGUGUCCAGCUGUGGCCCCUCAGUUCCAGCAGGACAGGGAACUGCUGCAGAGAGUCCAGCGCAGCCACCAAGAUGCUGAAGGGAGUGGAGCAUCUCCCGUGUGAGGAAAGGCUGAGGGAGCUGGGGCUCUGGAGCUGGACAAGAGGAGACUGAGGGGGGACUCAUUCCUGGGGAUCAAUAUGGAAAGGGUGAGUGUCAGGAGGAUGGAGCCAGGCUCUUCUGGUGACAACCAGUGACAGGACAAGGGGCAAUGGGUGCAAACUGGAACACAGGAGGUUCCACUUGAAUAUGAGAAGCAACUUGUUGGGGUGAGGGUGUCAGAGCCUGGCCCAGGCUGCCCAGGGAGGUUGUGGAGUUUCCUUCUGUGCAGACAUUCCAACCCGCCUGGACACCUUCCUGUGUAACCUCAUCUGGGUGUUCCUGCUCCAUGGGGGGAUUGCACUGGAUGAGCUUUCCAGGUCCCUUCCAACCCCUGACAUUCUGGGAUGCUGUGAAACCCAGUGACCACAUAUUCCAGGGUGUCCUCGAUGCUUUGGUUCUCUGAAGCAUUUUGGCGUGAGGAUGCUGAAUGCCGUGAACUGUCAACCAGAACCCCCAGAUCCCUCUCCAUGGAGCUGCUCUCCGGCAUCUCGUUCCCCAGUCUGUAUGUACAGCCAGAGUUGCCGCGUCCCAGCUGCAAAAUCUGGCACAAAAACCCCAUAAUCAUUACAUACAGAGCGUGUUGGCCCAUCUAGGCACUGCACUGCGCUGGGUUGACUCAGCAGCAAACCAGAACUGGAUUCAGGGAUGCACGGUCUGGAACCAGGCCGAGGAUCAAAGGCAGAACAGGCAGGAGCUUCUUCACUUGGUCAAAGAGUGCGAGACCCUCAUCAUCUCCCACUUUUACACGGUGUAAGACGUGGAUGGGAUGGAUGCUUAGCUGGUCAGUUUUGGUCACCUGCUCUGUCCGUCACCCCUCUCUACUUACGGGACACACAAAAUUCAUCACCAACCUCGGCUGCCACAGCAAUAAGUCUAAACCUGGGCCUGUUCUGCACACCAAUGCUGCCGUUAUCAGCUCCGGAGCAAACGGGGUAUGAAAAAUGUGCAGCCAACUUCAGGAAGGUGCGGUUGAACUCAGCUGAAAGGAAAAUUCACUGAAAGAAGACUGGUCUUGUUUAAAACAAAACCAAGACUGUCUCACUCCCUUUGUGAAAAUCCGGAUCAUACUUGAGCUUGAGCUUGCUGGAAGAAGUAAACAAUUACGCUUUGCUCUUUCAAGAUACUGAAACACGCUCUGUGACGUGCUUAUCGGUGCAGUAGCCAGGCCAUAGUAUUGGCAGCGUAUGUCACGGAGAUAAAGGAUUUUCCGUAUUGACUGUGGGGGAAAAAAUUCACAAAACAUAUUUCAAAAUGCCUAUUUUAAUCAGGCCUGUUGAAGAAAACUUGACGAAUGGGUUUGAUUUGGUGCUGUGCUUUUCCCCAGUCUUUCCAGAAAGCUUUGGGGCGCUCUGGCCAACAGCUUAAGCAGGAGUUGAACUGAAACGGUUGAACUGGGGUGAACUGGGUGACGGGCCUUUGAUAUUUCGGUAUGUUCAGCGCGUCGUGGCGCGUUCAGCUGCCUUGGCAGGAGCCUCGCUCUGCCAUUUAUUCCCUGCGCCGUUAAGUGGGAGCGGGUGCAUUCUGAUCAAAACACCCAGCGCGCUUCUGCCGAAUCCUUUCAAACCGCGGCCGGGGUCAUUGGGAUGGGUGCGAUGAAUGGGUAAGAGUACGGCACUAAAAGUGAUGGCAGCUCUUCAGAAUGACUGGGUGUCCUCCUGACAUGUAAUUAGCUGCUUUAGAAAGAUGUGGAUUGGCGUGGUCGUAAUUAAAAGGAUUUCUGUCUUUUCUGUGAUUGAAAACAGAAGAUCUUCCGCCCCCUAAUUCUCUUUAAUACCAGUGUUAUUAGUGACACUUGGAACACAGCUACUUCGGAUACUUAAAUAAUGACCUGUUCCUAAUGCUAGCUUACAACAGCAGGGACUGAAACCGAGUUUAGUUUUCUAUGCAAAGCUGAUUCUCUUCCUUUUGUUUCCCCCCACCCCGCUCACGUGUGUGUUGCUUCUCAGUGGGUUUUAGAAAUAAAACAGACACUUAGGUCUGUGUGACAGCGUGAUUACAGGUUACCCCGGGUUCUGGUUUAGCUCUCCGUGGUUUAUCUUAGAUUUGCAGUGUUGAGGAGGAUGCGCCGUGGUCCAGGACUCUGCCAAAUCGCUCAUCCUGUGGGUUUUUACCCAUCGCACAGGUAGAGGGGCCAGUGGCACUGGUGUCCCCCCGUUCCCGAGGCAGGGAAUGUCAUUGGGCUCUUCUGCGCCAUUCCAAGUUGUCCUUCAUCGUAGCUCGGUCUGAAAGCCUUACCAGCGGUUGUUGCCAAGUAUAACAUAUAACCGUAUGGUCCUCGAGCGUGCGCUGUCUCCUGCUGCUGUUAGCGUGGCAUAGGGUUACAAGCUAGUCCACCUUUUUCUUACAAAUAUCUCAAAAUAGCACACAAUGGAAUGGUUGGAUGGUACCACAGGAGAGGGAUAUGUGGUGGUGACCUGAAAUAACAUCGUCAUCUUUCUCUGAUAUGUUGCCAGAUUCUGAAAAAGCAUCUGUCAUAGGGCCUUAUGUGCCUUUUUAUUCUGUGUUUUUGUGAGAGGUGCUGCCUGUUGACCAAGUCUGGAGCAUUUUUGCCCUUAAGAUUCUCGGUGAUAUUUUUCCCUAGUGCUGUUCUCCUGCUGUAAUUAAUCAUCAAACAGGUUUCCAGAGUUUUUUUGCAUGCAAAGAUGCAUAUGGAGACUCUUAAAUCAAAUUUAGAAAACUUACCAGGUUCCUAACAGCAGAUUUGUGAAAGAAGUUAGGAACUUCCUUAGGCUUUUGUUUAAAUCCUCCGGUUAUUUUCAGCUUCUUUGUACUGAAAUACUUGUGUAAAUCUUACCCAGCAUCACUGUGGUUCAGAACAGACCUGUGGGUCUCGGGUACUUGAGUUCUUCCACCGGUGGCACUACACUCACUGUAGCAAUUUCUUCUCUGAAAUGUACAUUUUAAGACAUUAACUUGCUGCUGUCACUGUCACCUCAGUUCAGCUUCCUCCCCUCCCCAUCCCUUCUCCUUAACUAAUCAAAGUCUUCCAUGUUACGGCAAGUUGGCGUCUGUAGCUUAAAUAACCCACCUCUCUAAUUAUGAGGUUGACCUCAGCCUUCUGAGAUAUAUUUUACAUCAUUUGGGAUUUAAAAAUAUGUUUCACUUACAAAGUUUAGCUGUCAAAUCGCUCGAGGAGGGCAAAGAGAUAAUGAAAGCAAAUUAUUAAUUAAUAUUUCUCACCUGGUAUAGUCCAUUAAGAAUAUUAAGCAUAAAUUCCAUUCCUCAAAGCACAUUUGACUUUGGAUAUGUAUAUAUUUUUUGAAGUCCGCCUGCUGAUAAAGGUGCUGCUAUCUCUCUUUGACAGGACUGUAGUGACAGUACUGAAAAUACCCUUCAGGAACCAACCCGAGCCAGGAACUCAGAACAUCUAGUUCACUGAGCAGGUUUUCCUAUGCCAGGGUACAAAACCAUUUCGUUGAUGCACGAUGGCAAGUGAGUAGAUCUUUUCAAGACCAAAAUGCCGUAGCGUCUCCCUCGCCACAUUCAAGCUGUGCUUCUAUUCCGUGGUUUUGAUGUAAUUUUGGAGUGGAAAACAGCAGCAGGAGCAUCUCACCCUUCUGCGUGGUGGAUAGAUUGGGUUUAGGCGGAGCUACGUUGGAUGCACAACGGCAGAGUGGAAAUCCGGUGUAUUGCUGGGGAACACCAGGUGUAUUGCGCAAAAUACAGAAUUACUACUUGAGAAGGAUGAACAUCUCGGAUGCUUCAUUGAGGAGACAGUUGAAGCAGUUUAUGAAACGCUCUGAAAUGCCCAUUUCUUUGUGCCAGGGUGUGUUCAUGGCACACCGUAUCACACUAUAAACUUCAUCCUUAUUGGAAUUUGAUACAUGCUGUUGUUCUGUAGUUGCCCAUCAGUUUAACUUAACAUUUCCAUCUUGGCACAUGGCUGCUCUUUGGUUUAAUUCUGCGACUCUUCCUUCCUUUUAGAGCAAUUUUGAAUUGCAAUCCUCUUUCUGCAGGUGCUUGGAGAAAAUAAAUGCUAUUGAGAUGCAGGAAUGGAUCCCCUCAUUUGCAGUGUUAUCAGAGUCAACAUCAGUGGAGAAUUUGUCCCAAGAUCUCAACAAUACUCACUGAUGCUGGGAUUUGUAGCGGAGCAAGAACAAAACAGUCUUGGAGUUUCAUUGCCAGUAAUUCAGUUUGGUGACGUAGGCUUGAAAAUUAGGUGUCUGGGAGUUAAGAGUCAAUGAAGUAUCCGUGGACAUAAAGAAGGUAUUUGUAAAUGUGUUGAGAAAAAAAAUACAUCAUUCCAUUUAUAUUUAUAAAUCCAUUGGGUACAAAUGGUAGAAGUUGUAAAGAGUUACAUGGAAAAGGCAGACACUUUCCAUUAGGGGAUUUUGAUUUUUUUUGCAUUUGGAAGGGCAGGAUGGUUCUGUGAUUCUGUUCAUCCUGUUGGAUGAAGUAGAUAGAACGGGGAGUUUGCAUCAGAAACUGGGAGACCACUUAAUAUUCAGGGUCUCAUUGUAGGUGAUAGACUGGUCCCUUCUGGCCUUAAUUGCAAAACUCUGAUUCCAAAGAGGUAGACUUGGCUUUUACCCUUAGCACCUGUUCUUAGUAUUUAAUGAUUUAUAGAGAUUUGAGUAGGAGAGGGGUUCUCUGCAGUAAGAACUUCCUUAGAAAGUCUGACUUUCCAUCUGAGAACAUAUUGUGCCUUAUGUCUCUGAACCACGGGAAGUUCCAGUUAGGUGUGAUAAAUGUCUUUUUACACUUUAUACUUCUGCCAUAUCAAACAAAUGUAGUUUUAAUACCAGGUGGUUUCUCUGCGCUGCCAUAUUACUUAUUUUUCCUCCCGUAUCUCACAGAUUCAGUCCGUUCUGCUCGCGCAGCGAUUCGGACUUUCAUACCGGUCAGUGUUGUAGCUCUGGAACAGCUUUAUAUUCCGUUCAGCUGUUCUUUUUGCUUCUUAUUUGAAAAUGAGCAUCAACAAAAAAUCCCUAACCAAAAGCCCGGGUCAGUCUGAAUUUCUAAUUCAGAAUUCUUUGUUGCUUUUCAUUCCAUUAGACGUUCAGGCACAUGAAUUCCUGUUGUUCAGGGUACCUUGUGGUGUUUUUUACCGCCACCCAAGAACACUCAACACAAAACUGAUUCGCUGUGAGUAGAAUUUGAUGAGUCGUGGCCGUUGCCUCAAGCAACUGGUUUGGGCUUUGUUUGCUUGGGUUUCUUUUCAACACUUUCAUCAAUUGCCAGAGCGCUUCAAAAAAUAUCACAGGCAGCAGAAGUCCCUUUGCUUCCAUUUAUGUCUCCUCUUAUAUCCACUUUGAGCCUUCAUUUCCUUGAAGGAAUUCCAGGCGAGUUUUGUGCUGAGCCUUUCGCUUUCCUCUCAACUGGGUUCUUCUCGGCACCCAAUUUGUUCUUUUCCCAAACUUCAGUUCUUCUCAUCGGGGCAAUUUCUCUUUCCUCCAAGCUCCUUCACCCCCUGCUAAUCCUGCUUUCUCGUUCCAAAGUGCUCUGACCUGCACCUGUUGUUCUUACAGUCUCUAAAUAAGGACUAUAUUUUAUUUCCAGCCUAAGAAAAAGCAAUCCCGUGUGAUGCUGAAGCUUGGAUUUGGUUCAGCCUUAGGAAAUCUUCUGCCAGCCGAAAGACCUUGCGUUUUUCCACUGUGGUUCGUUAGCAGCUUCUCCCUCCCCUCAUUUCAGUUUUGACGCUUAGAUUAGCAAAUCAGGGAAAUAGUAGCUUUGAAGUAUAAUCUUAGUUUUUUGAUUAAUACUUGGGCUGCCUUUUGAACUGGGAAGACUGGUACUGGGUUCUGCGGAUACUCAGCAGCGUUCUAGGAAACACAGAUACAUCUCCGAAGCAGCAGUGCUUCUAAACAGACUAAUUGGAGGUUUCUUGCACACAAUUAUAACGCUCAGGUUUAUCUUUCCUCCUUCGUUCCUUUGAUUUUCGCCUCUCCCGCUCCUGCUAAGACUCACUCGUUGCUCUCCAUGCCCUUUCAGUGACUUGUGCCAUUUGGCUUUUCUUCCCUCGUUUUUCUCCUUAUUGUCUUUUUCUUGUACAGGCACUUUAUUCCCUUCACACCUCCAAGCAGCGUAUUUGUGCUUAGUUGGUUUUUAAUUCCUUUAAUCCAAAUCCAGAGCCGUUCACUUUUCCUUUAUGCCUCUUAGAUGGUGCUGUAUCAGCUGCUUACUUGAAGCCCAAAUACACAUUGUCCACGGUGUCAUGUAAAUACGAAGAACGUUGUCGUCUCCCACAAUUAGCUCAUAAUUCAGCCAAUUUACAGCAGGUUCUUUACUCACACCCUCCGGUGUGAAAUCAGGUAGUUCCAAGGUGUUGGACCGCGGUUAACAGGCAGGAACAAGGCAGGGGGGUAUUUUUCUUGAAUCUUAUUUUGUCUUGCAGCACUCGCUGUUGGAAGCCGUCUCCAUCGAUGCGUUGGUUUUUUAGGUAGUGUGCUGCUGUCUGCUUUCUUAGUUUUUGGGACAAGAAACUUGGAUUUAUGCAGCUUUUCCGAAGGACGUUCCCCAUGUCCCUUAUAGAACAGUUUGGGACCUUUUAAAGCUCAUCUCAUCCGACCCCCGACCUCGUUCACCCAGGGCUCGAGAUCAGCCAGAAAAGCUUGCUUUCGUUAUUUUUUUCAAGUUGUUUUAGAUUUGAAGAUCAUUGAAAAGCUCCGAGUUACUUUUCCAAGUGACAAAUCAGAAUGAAAGCAGAGUUUGGAUUUUGGGCUUCCCAUCUUUCCAUAAUAUCUACUGAAUUUUCUCUUUUGGCGUCUGCGUCAAUUUAAGCGUCACGGUGAGACAAGUGCCGGAUUGAACCUCGCGACUUGUUUUCAGUUGGGUCGGGGCCCCGUUUGUUCUUUUGGGAGGGACAGAUUUUCCAUUUCAUCACCCGUCGCAACACAAACUCAAAACCAAAAAGCCCCUUUGGCUCUGGCCGUAGCGUUAGGAGCGUCUUUCCGCAUCUUGUCAACUCCUUAAUUUGCUGCCGGGGUUGUUCUGGAGGGUUACGGGCCGCGCUUCUCACCCCGGUACAAACCCCGUGCGCUACUGGUUCAAACUGGGAGAGCACCGUGUCACUCUGGAUGGCAGAUCCCAUAGGCAAAGCCAUCUCGUCGUGCCACAGAACCACAGAUGGGCUUGUACCUUAAAAGAUGAUCCAGGAAUAACAGGUUUAAUCGGGAUUUAGUUCAACAGCGGCUCUAUCAAAAGGGGACAAAUAAAAGUCAGCUGUGCCCACGGGGAGCGCUGUUUUUGUGACAAAUCGCCUUGGCUUGUCUCCCUCUUGGUCUUUAUGAUCUUCCCAAGGCUGCUGAAAGCCUGGGACGUGUGAAAUAUGUGCAGUACUUUUUUAAUUUUAUAUAUAUGUAUUAUUAUUAUUAUUAUUAUUCUUUUCUUUGAGUCAAUUUAAGAAGUGCCUAAGUGAGUAACAAGACUCCAGAGCGAGCUGGAGGAAUAGGAUUCGACCUCAUGUUUAAGAACAGAGCAUGUACGACUCCGACCGAGUCCGGAGCUUUGCAGAACCCGGCUGGACCAUAAUAAAUCUCCGCUCCUCCCUCCCGCCGCCCACCUCGCUGCUCGGGAUCCCAUCAGCCCACCGCAUUUCUCAACCAAACCUUUGCCAUCUCCCAUUUGGGGUGAACGGUGAAGAGCGGGGGAAGCUCUGAGCAGAAUCGGGUAGGAAACUGCCUCUGAGGUUGCAAAUACAAACAGCUUUGUGCAUCUGGGUAAGGGCACGGCUGCCACUCGGGAUGGAAACAGCAAAUAUACACGUUUAAUCAUCCCUUUUUGGAAUCGCGGAGGCAGUUUCUUCCUCUAUUCUUAAUUAUUUCUAGGCUUAUAAUAGCGGCACCUGCUUGACAUUCUAUCAGAAUAAUUGUACCUGUCGGCGGGUGGUUAUAAUUUUGUAAACGUACGUGAGAAUUUUAUGUGGUUUAAAACAAAUAUGUAUCGAUGCUAGUUUAAAAAAUUACGUUGAAUGAGGAUUUCUUCUGACCGUAGUAAAAGGAAGUAACGGAACACUAUUAAGAUGUAUUAGUACCACUUAAAGAUUCAGAAAAUGAAAGCAAUCCAUAUGUAGAUGGUUUAUUUUUCAUUAAUAGCAAAAUGUUUUCACUCUGACAACUUAAUAGCGUCUGAGUUGGGAAAGCCGAGGAAAUGACUGUUGGCAGGAAAAGCUGUGAGGACGUCUGAGAGAGCAGCAGAUGAGCUUGUGGGACGCUGAUGGGUGUUGAUUUAAGCCAUGAUCGAAUGGGAACGUAUUGCUGGGGUACUAAUGCAAAUCAGGUCUUUAUGGAGCCUGUAACACAUACGGACUGUUCGUUGUGCCGUCGUCCUGCUCUAGAGAUGCCUUUUUUAACAGUGAUUUUUGAUUUUCUUUCCGAAACGAAGUGAUUGUCAGUAACAGUGGCUGUAAGUGGAAGGAAGGAUUCAUGUAGUGGUGAGUGUUGCAAACCUCAGACAGCGGAACGGUGCCAGAGGCACAAAAACGAAGCAAACCCCCCCAAAAAGCUCCUAGCGAAGCGCGGGGCAGUCGCGGUUUUCAUUUCCAAGCUUUGUGCGUCUUGAUUUUGUUCCGCUGUCGCCUCCCCUUGGGGACGGGGGGUGGGCGACAGUCACCCGUGGUCGCUUUGUCACCCGUCCCGCCGGUCACCGAACCCCCGGCGGGUCCUUCCCCGUCCGCUGCUCCUCUCUCAGCAUCUCGCGGCUCUGUCUGUCCUUCCGCGUGUCCCCACGGAGGUGACACCCGUGUCUCAUCUGCUGUAGGUGUCUCACCUACCUCAGGAGCCCGUCGCGGUUUCCAGGGUCGUCCGUUCGCCGUCCGCUCCUCUCGUCGCCGCGAGCACUCGCGCACACACACACACACACACACACACUGGAAUGUAGAUUCUCCUCUUCUCCUCCCCCAGAUCGCCUCUGGACCCCAUCCUUGCUGUAGCCACCACCAACUCCUCUUGCAAAUUGGAUGCUGCUUUAAAUGUGAAAACAAAUGUUUCAAGAAGCUAUAAAACCUGAAUGAAAGCUAAAGCUGAAUUUAUAAAGCCUUGUUGCGUAUGAGCCAAAAGUGCAAAAAGCUCUAUAUAAUGAACUAACCUGCCACUCAUAUAAAUAUAAAUAUAUAUAAAUAUAUUAAAAUCAGACUGUUCUACAAAAUUGUGUAUUUGUAUUUUUGUGUACGUACAAUUUUCUGCUAAGCAGAAGGAGGAUGUAGUAUAGGAUGAUGUGAGAAGAGAUUUUGUUUAAUCAUAUUUCUUUGUUACUUAUUUUUGUUAACAUCCAGCUGCCUGUCUUUGUCUUCUGUGUAUGACACUGUUCCAAGGUGCAGUAUCUCUCUCCCAUCAAACCCCUUCCACCCCCAAAGCGCCGGGGAACACGUGCUCAUCAAACCAGGUCUCCACCUUCAUUAACAAGGGCUGUUCGUUCAGCUUAACGACUAUAUGAUAAUUUUCUAUUGGCGCAUCGUGUCGUUGCUCCUUGUAGCCACAUCAAACACUCACAAACGGGUUGAUCGCUCUUCACGCGGGGGUUCCCCGAGCACCUCGUCUGCACCAUCCAUGGUCUGUAGGAUUGUUACUGCCGCUCCUCGGCCUGGAAUUUCAGGGGGAAAACAGGAAUGAAUGUAGAGGUUGAUCAGAUCUUUGCGUUGGGAAGCUGCUCAUGGGAAAAAAGCCCCUGGGGCAGCGUCACGGUGAGCGACGGGGCGAAUCUCGGGUAGCACCGCCACGGAGGAUGGAGGGAGCCGCGUUCCCCAUGGCUGCACCACCAAGGUGGGUUUUGGCUUGGGGAAGGCGUGUUGGCCGUGUCCAAGGUUGUCACGUCCCCUGUGCCACCUCGGGCACGUCCUCCCACCCCAGGCGCCCCGCGCAUCUCCGGUGGCUUCGUGACCGCUCGGUGCCUCGUAAGAACACUUGUUGCAGCCGUGCUUGGUGGGCUCCAUCUUCUGGCUUGCAGCAAAGAUACUGAUUUUUCAGACAAUAUUCUAAAACGUUCUCCAAAUCAGCGCGUUUCUCUGCAAGACACCAAGCGGGUCUGCUCCAUCACUUGCUGAGAGGAGAGUUUUCCCCACUGGGGAAGCGUUAAUUACUCAUUAUAGAUCAGAGAAUGACCCAGGGACAGAGGGGGGUCGGCAGAGAGCGAGAUACACGGGGACGUGGUGGCCAAACAACGCAAAGCGUUGGGUGCGAGGUGGCGGACGUUCUUUCCUUGGGGCGAAUCGCUCCUCGGUGUCCCCAUCUCCAAAUUGCGGGUGAGCGUGUCCAUCGGCCGCAUCUUCCUCCUGCUGCCGAAGCGCCAACCGCCAGCCUCUUCCCUCGUGUCCUUCCAUUCUUAUUUAUUCCUUUUUUCCAUUUAAAUUCUAACGCUGUUUGAAUUCUGGCCCGGGGAGAGCGAUACUGCAUCUUUACAUGUAGGGCUCAUAUUUAUAACAAUGUGUAAUGACUGUAGCAAAAGUCCUUGUUUCUAUAUGUGAAUGGACAGAGAAACAAGUGCUCUAUUGUAUUGAUUAAAAUAGUUAAAAUGAGUCCUGUAUCAUUGUAUCUCCUAUUCUGGAUUAGUGCCUUUUGGACAGUAGACUGUUCUGUAAUUAAAAAUGUAGUAUAACUGCUUUUUUGUACAGUUUUGUUUUAAUAAAACUUUUUUUUAAUUUGUGUUUAUUUUAGUAUUGUACCUAUUAGAAAAUAAAACCGUAUAACUCCA